AUGGCCGGUCCACCUGUAGUGGUCGGAGCUGUGUUGUCAGCAGAGGCACCCACCAUGAAGGUGGAUGCCUUCUGGCAGCUGAGACGGGCAGCUGAGCCACUUGCUGCUACCUCUGUGCAGAAAUGUUCAUUGCUCGUCUUCCCUGGCAGCCACAAGCAGCUGCAGGAGUACUGGCAGCUGCAGCAGCUACUGAAAAUGGAGAAGAUUGGGGAGACCACUUUCAAGGCGUGCCUCUCCAGCAAUGGUGGCAGCUUUAAGGCCGUGCGGAUCAACCUUGAUCUGGGGUCAUCCUUUUCAUGUCUGAACACACCAUUCAUGCGGGAGACCAGCUGGUCUGCAGGGCAUUGA